AUGGCAGACAAAGAGGAGUGCGCUGCGCCUGCCGCCCCCAACAACGAGGAGGACGACGUGGCCAAUCUUGAACAAGAAGUUACAGAAGGAAACUGGACUCGUCCAGAAGUUGAAGUUCAUGAAGUGAAGGUUGAGACAGGAGAAGAGGAUGAAGAAACCUUUUGGAAAUGCCGUUCUAAGUUAUACAGAUGGGCUGGUAGCGAAUGGAAGGAGAGGGGUCUGGGGGAGGCAAAGUUGCUACAGCAUAAGGAAACAAAGAAGAUCCGCUUCCUGUUGAGACAGGAAAAGACACUCAAGAUCGUAGCCAACCACUACGUUGUUGCGACAGACGUCUACUGCAAAUUGACCCCCAAUGUCAGUUCGGAGAAGAUAUGGGUGUGGACAGUUAUGGAUUUCGCGGAGGGGGAAUUGAAGAAUGAGCAGUUUGCCCUCAAGUUUGGCCAAGUUGAACAGGCCAAGGAGUUUAAAGAGAAGUUCGAGGAGGCGGCGACAAUAAACGCAAAGUUAUUUGGUAUUGAGGAGAGUGGCAGCAAGGAGGGGGAGAAAGCUGAAAAGAAAGAAGGUAGCGACGAAAAGACGGAGAAGGAUGCAGAAAAGGCCGACAAAGAAAGCAAAUCAACAGAAGCCGGGAAGACCGAAACAUCUGAAGAGUCAAAAGACAAGGAAAAAGCCUGA